AUGUCACUAUUGUUUUCACAGGACCAAAAUUACGACCAGGAACUUGCUGCUUGUCUAGGUUUAGGGGAGCGUCAUACAUGGCGGGAGGCUUACGAGUAUCGCUCUCACCUGCCAAUUAUCCCACCCAAAGAUUAUAUGUCCCCACCUGCGCUGGGAGGCGGGAGCGGGGCCGAACUAGCUCCUCAUUUCUGGGCAACAUCGCCGUUGUCCUCGGACAGCACCGUCAACAAUGUUGAUUGCUUCGGUACCCCUCGUUUCGCAGUGGUUGGUGAGACACAGUCUGACACACUCGGGUUAGAGCGACAGCUAGCAAGUUUUGCCUUCUUCCAAGCGCCCACUGAGCCUAGCAAAGAGCUGGUGGAGGGAUGGAAUACUUAUUCUCCAUCUGAGAAGUCGGAUGGCUUGUACGAGACCAGAAUAGUGGCUUUGCCGGAAGGGAGAAACGUCACGCAGUCUUCUCCAACCAGUCAGCCGACUACAGGCCAACCUGAGCCGUCAUACGCAGCGCUCAUUCGUCGUGCUCUGUUAAGCACUGGCGAUAAAGGGAAAGGAAUGACCGUCCAAGAAAUUUACGCGUGGCUCGAAGACAACACGUCGAAAGUUGAUAAGACCGAGAAUGACUGGCGAAGUAGCGUCCGGCAUAAUCUCAGCCAAAAUAAGGUAGGAACACUAUCACAGGACAACUUGUAG